AUGAUUGUCGAUUCUCUUAAACAUGCUACUAAUGAAUGUAAUAUUUAUGGUGGUUUCUUCUUAUUUUUUAUUGGUAUGAUUGGUAAUAUAUUAAAUAUUAUCAUAUUUACAUCAUUAAAAACAUUUCGUGAAACUUCAGCUGCUUUCUAUAUGAAUGUUGCAUCAACUGUUAAUGUUUUUCAACUUGUUGUUGGUUUAUUAUCUCGUAUACUUAUAACUGGUUAUGAUAUUGAUCCAACAAAAACUUCAUCAUUUUUUUGUAAAGCCCGACAAUUUACAUUGAUUACAACUAUGUUGAUUAUUUUUUCUUGUAUGUGUUUUGCAACAAUUGAUCAAUUUUUAUUAUUAACAAAUCGUUGGCGUCAUCUUUGUAAUCUUCAAGUAGCUAGUCGUCUUGUUAUAAUUGCUUUCAUAGUGUGUUUUUUACAUGGAAUUCCAGUAUUGAUUUUUCAAGAUCUUUAUCCACCACUUGGAACUGGUGAAACAACUUGUUCAUUUACAAAUAACGAUUAUUCUAUUUAUUAUUCUCGAUUUCUUUUUCCUGUUUUACUUGGUAUUUUACCUUUAAUUGUUCGAAUUACUUUUGGUCUUCUUGCUUUUAUUAAUGUUCGUCAGUUACAAAAUCGUCAAGUACCAAUUGUUCGAUUAGAACGUGAUAAACAAUUAACAGCAAUGGUAUUAGUUGAAGUUGUUUUUGAUGUUAUUAUUACAUUACCUUAUAGUAUUUACAAUCAUUGGUAUUCUAGUACUGUAAAGUUUUCUGAUCCAGUUAGUAUUGCACAAAAUCAACUGAUUACAUCAAUAACACGUCUUAUUUUUUAUGGAAAUUUUUCGAUUCCAUUCUAUAUUUAUUGUUCUGUAUCAUCACGUUUUCGUCGACAAUUAGUUCAUGUUCUUACUAAUAUUUAUUUUAAGUGUUGGCAAGAACACAUUAAUCGUCGUCAAAUAAAUCGUGUUGCUCCACGAUCAAUAGUUGAAGUUAAUACUGUGUUAUAA